AUUAUGCCCCGAUGGUUGCGCAGGACAAUUCCAUCCUGCACGGUCAUUGCGUCAACUCCGGUCAAUGCACACGCUUCGCAACCACCUUGUCGACAUCUGCAAGGCUUUUUGUUGAUAUCAUGCAGUAGGCGCCUGCCAUAGUUAUCGAGCGACUUUGAGGCUACCCUUGAGCCAUAUUUCGACAAUAUGAGACGCUGUGGCGUCCCUAGAUGAGGACACUACAAGAUCAAUCGGAACCCUUACGCAACGAUGCCGGUUCAAUCGAAAGAGGACCCGUUGAUGGUCCUCUACAAUCAUUAUAUUUCCUUACUGCGAUCCCGUAUCAAGCGCACUCCGAGAUCAGUCAGACUCGCCGCUACUGCCGCCCUCAUCAUCUCCAUAAUAUCCACUAGCUAUGGCGGUUUCAGAUGGUGGCAGGACAGAUCAAAAGAGAAAGCUCAAGGACGGCGACUACUAAGGCGGAAUAGCGGACUGAGAGGAAAAGAUGGCACACGUAUCAUAUACGUUCCCAAGGGCAACACCACCUCCAAAGUCAUCAUCCAUCCAACCAGACCUACUACUUUUGACGCGCAUCGACGACUAUUCCUCGCUCCUCCACGGGUUACACGCAUAGGAAGUGGUGCUUCCACUCCUGCAUACAGCCAUGGACCACCUCCACAGACGAAACCGGGCCUCAAUCUGGCCUUCCUCCACCAGUUCCUCAGCCUGUUGAACAUUAUGAUACCCCGAUUCCGAAGCAAAGAGACGGCAUUGCUGAUGAGCCACGGCGUGUUUCUCAUUCUGAGAACCUAUCUCUCCCUAGUCGUGGCACGAUUGGAUGGUGCCAUUGUUCGUGAUCUGGUGGCAGGCAACGGCAAAUCGUUCAUGUUUGGAAUACUCAGAUGGCUCUCGAUCGGUACGUUGGCCUCGUACACAAACGCGAUGAUCAAGUUCCUGCAGUCCAAGAUCUCAAUUGCUUUCCGCACAAGACUGACACGGUACAUUCACGACUUAUACCUCAACUCGAACCUCAACUACUACAAACUCACCAACUUAGAUGGCGGCGUUGGCCAAGGUGCCGACCAGUUCAUCACCCAAGAUCUCACACUAUUCUGUACAUCGGCAGCCUCGUUAUAUUCGUCUCUAGGCAAGCCACUCGUCGAUAUAUUCGUGUUCAACUACCAACUCUAUCGGUCUCUUGGUCCUCUAGCCUUGACUGGACUCCUAUCCAAUUAUUUUGCGACGGCCACACUUCUUCGCAGACUCUCCCCACCGUUUGGAAAACUAAAGGCAGUCGAAGGGAAGAAAGAAGGCGACUUCCGUGGUCUACAUGCUCGUCUGAUUGCAAACGCCGAAGAGAUUGCAUUCUAUGGAGGUGCCGAUGUCGAGAAAGUAUACCUGAAUCGAGCCUUCAAGGAACUCCGCAGUUGGAUGGAGGGCAUCUACAAUGUCAAAGUGCGGUAUAACAUGCUGGAAGAUUUCGUCCUGAAAUACUCCUGGUCCGCGUUUGGCUACAUCAUCACUUCCAUUCCCGUCUAUCUCCCUGCAUGGGCUGGAUUGAACUCAAUGCUGGAGAUGUCUAACUCUACAACCCCUGAGAUGUCCGAGUCAUUGCGAGAAAGAUCUCACAUGAAGGACUUCAUCACCAACAAAAGACUCAUGCUUUCACUGGCCGAUGCCGGUGGACGAAUGAUGUACAGCAUCAAAGAUCUGUCUGAACUCGCCGGGUACACCUCAAGAGUGUAUCAACUCAUUUCAACCCUCCACCGUGUCCAAGCGAAUGCUUACGGGAGCUCACAACGCCGGCUUUCAGGCAGAAUCGAGCUUUACUCGCUGGCCGAUGUGCAAGGAACGGUCCACGCCGGAUUCGACGGUGUCCGUUUGGAGGACGUCCCCGUUGUGGCUCCCGCACUCUUUCCCUAUGGUGGAGAAGAGCUGAUAGAUUCGCUCUCGUUUUUGGUGCACAGCGGUGAACAUCUCCUCAUCUCUGGGAGCAAUGGUGUCGGCAAGUCUGCCAUUUCCAGGGUCGUGGCCGGUCUAUGGCCCGUUUACCGUGGCCUUGUCUCUCGCCCCCGCAACAAUGGACAAGACGGGAUCAUGUUCCUCCCUCAACGCCCAUAUCUAAGUAUAGGGACUUUACGCGACCAAGUCAUCUAUCCUCAUACGGAGGUGGACAUGCGCGACCAUGAGCGGCGUGACAGCGAGUUAGAGAAGAUACUCGAGGACGCCAAACUCGGCCAUCUCCUGGCGCGCGAAGGAGGCUGGGACACCAGAAAGGAGUGGAAAGAUGUGCUUUCCGGCGGCGAGAAACAGCGGAUGGCGUUUGCGCGUCUAUUCUAUCACGAGCCCAAAUAUGCGUUCUUGGAUGAAGGGACCAGUGCCGUGUCGUCGGAUGUUGAAGGUCUGCUUUACGAACGGUGCAAAGAAAGGGGUAUCACGGUCAUCACGUUGUCCACCCGCGCCAGUCUCCGCAAAUACCACUCUUCAAACCUCAUCUUGGGUCUGGGCGACGAAGGAUAUGACUGGGAGUUGGUAAAGAUUGGUGGAGAGGCUGAGAAAUCUAGCAUGGAGAAGGAAAUCAAGGAGUUGAAAGAGAAACUUGCCAUGGUUGAUGAGUGGGAACGACGGAAGACAGAGAUUGAAGAGGAACUAAGCCACGUGCAAGUUGUUGGUCAGGAAGGGACAACUGAGUUGAAAAAGCCCACGUACUUCUCGCAAGUGACGGAAGAAGGUGAUGCUGGUGAGGCACCGUGAGGCACCGUGAGGCACGUACCUUGUCAGAAAAAUUGCCAUGUACGCCGCCUUGAAUGCACAAGUUACGAGAAAGCUAUUCCUCUGCCAUGGUGAUGCAGCCUUGUCUAAGCCUCUGCUUACCCUUUACUCCCCACAGUGUCAGCAUUGAGCCAUUGAUGGAGAUCGGAAGCGGGGAAAU